UUUCGUUUUUUCAAACAUAAUUCUAUCAAAAGUCAAUAUUUUCAGCUACCCAAUAUGAGCAGCAACACAAACACCAAAAGAAAACAAGUUUCUGAAUUCGAUAGAGCCAGAUUAUUGGUCUUUUAGGUGCGGCGCGACUUAUGGUUCCAUUUCAGAGGAAGUUGGGAUCCCUAUUGCCAAUAUAGCAGACAUUGUCAAACAGUAUAUUGAACGACGUGUCGAAAGCUCAAAACGGCGCACAGGAAAACCGUAAAUGGUUUACUGGGUGUGCAAAAAAUGCGAUGGUGCGCGCAUUUCGCUCUGCACUCUUUGCAUCAAUUACGGUCACCUCUCGGUUGCCUGGGAAACGGAGAUGUCAAGGUCCACAUCCGACCGAAGAAUGAAGGAACUUGGCUUUUCUGCUUACUCUCCAGCCAGGAUCUUGGAGCAGUGGAGAUCCGUGAUCUGGUCUGACGAAUCGCGAUUCCGGAUGAACGGCAACGAUGGCUGUAUCCGCGUUAUCCGAAAAGCCAACGAGAGAUACCUGGAGUAGCAUAUGCUCGAAACCCACAAGUAUGGAAAAGGCUCCAUCAUGGUUUGGGGAUGCUUUUGGGAAGGCGGACUUGGUCCUUUGGUGACCCUUACUGGCAAUGUCGAUCAAGUCAAGUAUGUCGAUUGCCUAACCAACAGGUUUCUUUCCUGGUACCAGGAUCUCACCGAGAGCACUGGUAAGGACUUUAUUUUCCAAGACAACAGCGCUCGGUGCCAUACCCGUGGUUACCGCACGGUAUAAGAAAAAGAGAUGCGAUGUCAGGAGCUUCGAUUUUUGGCCAGCACAAAGC